AUGGGGGGGGGGGGGGAGAGGAGAGAAGAGGAGAAGAGGAGGAGGAGAGACAAGAAGAGGAGGAGGGGAGGAGGAGAGGAGAGAAGGAGAGGAGAGGAGAGAGAGGAGGAGGAGAGACAAGAAGAGGAGGAGGGGAGGAGAGACAAGAAGAGGAGGAGGGGAGGAGGAAAGGAGAGAAGGAGAGGAGAGAGAGGAGGAGGAGAGACAAGAAGAGGAGGAGGGGAGGAGGAGAGGAGAGAAGGAGAGGAGAGGAGAGAGAGGAGGAGGAGAGACAAGAAGAGGAGGAGGGGAGGAGGUGGAGAGGAGUUUUUUUUAAUCUUCAUCGGUAACUUCUGCUGUGACUAACUCUUUUUUUCAUUCUUGUCCACUUUGGGCCUCCGUAGAACCUCAGAGAACGAGCCGAGUCAGCAGGAUUUAAACGGCGUCAAUCUUGGCGAGAAGUUUGAACUAAAGUCUGAGUUUAAAUGCAACACCUUCAUUCAUGCUAACAUGAACAGAGAGAGAGUGUGUGUGUGUGUGUGUGUGUGUGUGUGUGUGUAAGAGUGUGAGUGUGUGUGUGUGUGUGUGUGUGUGUGUGUGUGUGUGUGUGUGUGUGUGUGUGUGUGUGAAUGGGGGGGUUGGGGGUCUAUUUUGGCGGCGGUAAUCCAUCCUUUGUGCCGAACUUCUUCAUCUGUAUCAAUUCAUGGAAAAAAACACGCCGACCCCGCAGAGUGAAACUGAGCCGGGGGGGGAGGGGGUGAGGACCUGGGUUGGGGGGGUACGUGGGGGGGUGGGGCGGAGAAAGGGGGCAGUGGACCAUGGGAAAAACACAAUCCCUGAACUCUCUAUAGCACUUGUUCCACGCCACUUCACCCACACACCCACUCUGUGGGCCACUCGCCGCUGACCCCUGCGACCCCUCUGCUCCCUCACCCUGCCUCUCAGACUCCCCCCCCCCCCCUCUCUUUGCAGAUGCAUGUCACCCCCCCCACCCUGGACCUCCAGACCUGCUGGUUCUGAGCCCCCCUUCCUCUGCCUCUCCUGCCCAGGGAUGGUGCACCGUGGUGGGGCAGAGGCUGCGGCCGAGCCCCCUGGAUGUUCUGGAGGAGUAA